AAAAUAUGGACAAGAUUAUAGAUAAUUUGUACCUAGGAGAUGUCUUUAGUUGCUCUAAUAGGUAUUCUCUUAGGAAAUAUGGAGUCAGCCAUAUCCUUACAAUGGCAGCUGGCAUGAAACCUCUGUAUCCCUCAGAUUUUGUUUACAAAUGAGUGGAUGUCCUAGACAUGCCUUCAGAGAACUUAUUACCUCACUUCCCAGAUGCGAUUGAAUUUAUAAAGAACGCAAUCAACAAAGGAGGAACAGUCCUAGUCCAUUGCUACGCAGGUGUCUCUCGAAGCGCAUCAACAGUCAUAGCAUACCUGAUGAUAGAGAAAGGGUUCAAAUUUGUCGAUGCUGCUAAUUUUGUCAAGAAUAAGAGACCCAUCAUCUUCCCAAAUGUAGGCUUCAGAAGGCAGUUAGUUAAAUUAGAAGAAUUUCUUAAGAAACAGAAAGAUGAGGACAAACUCAGUAUCUCAACUAAAAGAUCUGCUAGAUCUAAAAGACCAGUCAGGACUGCAAAAACAAGAGUUCGAAGUGAUGCAAGAUCCCAGUAUAGCUCAACCGCCUCUGCUUACAGGGGUAAAUAUAGUAAUAAAUACAGAACCAAACGGUCUGUAAACCCUGAUAAAAGAGAGAGGAAGGAAAAAGUAUUCAAAGAUUACAGAGAAAAAGCCAUGUAUUAUUACAUGGGUAUGAAAAAGAAUUUCUCAAGAAGCUCAAAAAUUAACAUCACUAAUAAGGAUCUCGAAGAUUUUAAAAAUCAUGUCAAUGAAAAGAAAAAUCAGCUGUAUAAGUUAUCAAAGACAUCUGGUAGUCCAAAGCUGCUAAAGAAUAACUUUGUUAUAAGUGAUCGCCAGAAUAGCUUAGAAGCGUCUAAAAUUAAAGGGGUGCAAUCCAAGACUCCAAACCAUCUAGCUAGAGUACACAAAAACCGUCUAAAAAAUUACAAUCGCAGAGAAAACAGAAAAUCACAUGCUCAAAAGAAGUACUUUAGUCCUGAAGCUAGAGGAGAUCCGGUUUAUAAAGAAGUAAAAUCAUAUUUUCACACAGCAAAUUUGGAUCAAAGAGUCGAAGCCAGACCCAUCAAAAAUGAUUUAAAGUAUGAUGCCAAUUCUGUCAAAAUAAUUCAACCUCGAGGGUACAAAAGAGCAUAAGAAAGUGUAGAGAAUGAACUGGCAAUCUUUGGACAAUGAAAGAAAAGGGAUAUCUAAAUUUGUGAUUAUCAUUCAUAAACCCUAUAAUUUCAAUAACUUCCCCUUCUUU